GCUGGUGAUGCUGGAACAAACAUGGCCGCCCCGGCCGCUGGCGGCCUCUCAGGCUCCCGUUGGCCGCGGCUGACCGCUGGCCUCCGGCUGCUCCCGCUCCUGGGACUGCUGCAGCUGCUGGCCGAGCCCGGCCUGGGCCGCGUCCACCACCUGGCGCUCAAGGACGAUGUGAGGCAUAAGGUUCAUCUGAACACCUUUGGAUUCUUCAAGGAUGGGUACAUGGUGGUUACUGUCAGUAGCCUUUCAGUGAACGUGCCUGAAGGAGCCGCAGACAAGGAGCCCGUUAUUGGAUUCACCCUGGACCGCACAAAGAAUGAUGGAUUUUCUUCUUACCUGGAUGAAGAUGUGCAUUACUGCAUUUUAAGGCAGCAGGUUGUCUCUGUCACCCUUCUAGUCGUAGACAUCUCCAAGAGUGAAGUGAAAAUACGAUCUCCACCAGACACUGAUACCCAGUUACCAAAGAUCAUCUUGAGCAAGGAUGAGAAAGUCGUUGGCCAGAGCCAGGAGCCUGGUGUUCCCCCAGUCUCGGCAGGCAACCAGACUCAGAAAAAACAAGACAGUGGAAAGUUUACAAGAAGUACAGUGGAUUCAAAGGCAACAGGAGAGAAUUCCUUUUCUAUUCAUAAUAAGGGUGGAGCAGUUUCAUUUCAGUUUUUCUUUAACAUCAGCACCAAUGACCAAGAAGGCCUCUACAGUCUGUAUUUUCAUAAAUGCCUUACAAAAGAAGUUUCAUCUCAUAGCAAGUUUUCAUUCAACCUUGAUAUUGAGAUCACAGAGAAGAACCCUGACAGCUACCUCUCAGCAGGAGAGACCCCUCUCCCUAAAUUAUACAUUUCUAUGGCCUUUUUCUUUUUCCUUUCUGGGACCAUCUGGAUUCACAUCCUUCGAAAACGACGGAAUGAUGUAUUUAAAAUUCACUGGUUGAUGGCGGCCCUUCCCUUCACCAAGUCUCUUUCUCUGGUGUUCCAUGCAAUCGACUACCACUACAUCUCCUCCCAGGGCUUUCCCAUCGAAGGCUGGGCUGUGGUGUACUACAUCACUCACCUUUUGAAAGGGGCACUGCUGUUCAUCACCAUCGCGCUCAUUGGCACCGGCUGGGCUUUCAUUAAGCACAUCCUUUCCGAUAAAGACAAAAAGAUCUUCAUGAUUGUCAUCCCACUCCAGGUGCUGGCGAAUGUGGCCUACAUCAUCAUAGAGUCCACCGAGGAGGGGACGACGGAGUACGGCUUGUGGAAGGACUCUCUGUUUCUAGUUGACCUGCUGUGCUGUGGAGCCAUCCUCUUCCCAGUGGUAUGGUCAAUCAGGCAUUUACAAGAAGCAUCAGCAACAGAUGGAAAAGCUGCUAUUAACUUAGCAAAGCUGAAACUUUUCAGACAUUAUUACGUCUUGAUCGUGUGUUACAUAUACUUCACCAGGAUCAUCGCAUUUCUCCUCAAACUUGCCGUCCCGUUCCAGUGGAAGUGGCUCUACCAGCUCCUGGAUGAAACGGCCACGCUGGUGUUCUUUGUUCUAACGGGGUAUAAAUUCCGUCCAGCUUCAGAUAACCCCUACCUACAACUUUCUCAGGAAGAGGAUGACUUGGAAAUGGAAUCUGUAGUGACGACAUCAGGGGUGAUGGAGAAUAUGAAGAAAGUCAAGAAGGUGACCAACGGCUUGGUGGAGCCCCAGGGCGACUGGGAAGGCACUGCGUGAUGGAGCAGCUCUGAGCUGGCACUGUCAAAGGAAACGUCUGAUUUAUUCAUAGUCCUAUUGGUGAGCAAGAGCAUCUGGCACCUGCCGACAGUGACACCACAGAGCACGUGGCUGGGAGCAAAGUGCCACGGAAGCCUAAUUUUUUACUCUCUUUUAUGGAAGCUGGAUCUGUGGCUGGUUAUAGGCAGCUAGAAUCCUCCUUCAGGUGGGCGUGGUGGGGAGGGAGAGUGGAGAGGAGGAGGAUAAAAGGAAGACUGUCUUUUUAACAUAUAUUUCUUUUUUCUUUUAACCGGGAACUCUUAAGGGCUCUUCAGUUGUGACCCAAGUGUGCGGCAGCACUGAAAGGAACGUUGGGGGACCUGGGAGGAGGGCGGAGGGGUGUGUCUGAAGCCACUCACGGCCCAGGAACGGGGCUCCAGGAAAUGAGCGAGUGUGGAGUGAGGAUCUGGGGACUCAGAUGGGAACUGGAGAGCAGCACUGCACCCUUGGGGACAAAAAUGAAGGAAGUUCGCUUAUUUUAGAAAGCAAAGUGAAACCCCAAUUUAGCAUCUAGAGCCUGCCCAGGACUCCUGGCCCUGAAACGUGCCCCAGGCCUCUACCCCACAUUCUGAAAAUGACCAGGAACCAGCAGCUCUGGAGGCACGUGGUCUCUUCCAGAAGGUCUCUGUCAUCUGAGGGCUAUAAUGUCAGGCAGUCGUGGCCCUGGGACACCACACAGCCCAGCUGGUGGGAAUUGCUUUUCUUGAUUGAAGCGUGUUCUCUGUUGCCUAAUGGACGGACGGAAAUGUGUUUUUAAGCUCAAAAAGCAUUCCCCUCCAGGAUUUCCCUGAACGUCUGGCCCCCGGACCACCCAGAGCAGCAGCAUCUCUCGUGUUCCCCUCUCCCCGCAGCUGUGUCUGUUUUGUGUGAUCAGAUAUGGGGGGAAAAGGGAAGGAAUUUUCCUUAAAGGAGCAGCUCGGGGCAGAAAGGGUAAUGUAAAGCAAAUGCUUAAGUACAAGCAAAUUAUCAUCAUUAAAAAGCUUUUCCUAUAAGCCAGGUAGGAUUUCUAAACGGAGGAGUGAAGCAGACCUGUCCCUGUGUUCCAGGAGUGUGGAUGCGGGAAACGGAGUGUGAGUGCACGGCCUUUCACUCCCCGGGACCAGGGGCGGCGUCUUUCACGGGAGCUCAGUGAGCUUCCCUCCAGGCUGUGAGAGCUCGGAGAUGAGCACGGGAGCGGCCCGAAGUGAACAGUGGUGCAACUCGUGACUAAGUCGUUAGGAUAAUGGGACAGUCUCAGAAGGUCAUCUGUGACCGAGGGCCAACAAGGGCUUGGUGGUAACUUCCCACUAUGCUUUUUAGUCCUGGGCCCAAAACUGGACUGAAACAUGGCCGCAUCAGAAAAGCUGCCUAAUGCUGGGGUGCCGGCUGGAUUUGGGGCCCUUCCGAUUCCUGGUGUCAGAAACCGGAGCCCUCCCCUGCCUGGGCUUGGCAGUGAGCUGGCCCUGCAGGGGACAGGGACAGUCUCUGGUGGUGGUUUUCUUACCUCCAGCUUGGGAGGGUCAGUCAGAGACCACAGGAUUCAGGGGUGGUGCUCAAUAUCCCACACUCGGGGACCUAUAGAGUCUCUACUUAGAAGAGACGUUUUCCCUCUCCUGGGCCGUUUUCACCUCCUAACUGAGCUGUGAGGAAGCGAGCGUUCUUUCCCUGUGCUCUGCCAGCCCGUCCUUCACAGCCGCAGUCCCUGCUAGGCCUGCAGCAAGAGGAGGCAUCUUCAAGGCUAUUGCUGCUCGCCUGCCCACAGAGGCUUCAGGGAAUGGUUCACGUGUCUCCCCGGCUUCAGGAGCAGGGAAAUAUGCCUGAAGUAUUAAUUUAGGGGGCUUUUUUCUUUUUUUUAAGUUAACUUGGAGCUGUGUGACAGGAGAAGGAAGUUGCAGGGAGGAUGGGAAUAUGUGUGAGACUUAGUUUUCCUGUGCGUGAACACAGUAGCAGCGCUUCAGAAGCGUGUUCGUGCUGUGGCCCAGACUCCCUUGGGUGCUUCCCUCAGAGGGACACGUUUGCUGUUUGUCCUGCAAGCAGCUGGUCUUGACCAGGCCGUAGACUUCUUGGCAAGAACAAAAGGUGUGACGAAACCUCCCCCCCUAGAAAGGAUCCCCACAGAGGUGUCCUCAUUUCACGUGCUAGACGCAAGGAAGCAAGUGAGUGAAGGAGCGAGAGAGGACAAGAACAUGUGGGGGCCAGCACCGGGCUCCGGCCUGACUGCUGCUCCCGGCGCCGGCCUGGCUCCUGCCCUUUCUCCGGCAGACCCCUGAGCCUCUGCAGUCACGCGAGGGCAUGAGCCAGGGCGCUGAGCUGCUCUGGGGGUGGGGCGAGCUUUCCAUCCGUGGUUACCUCUAGGCUCACUCACAGAACAGCUGAGUGGCUGCAGUGUGACGGUCCCCUUCUGGAACAGGAAGGUACAGAUGAGAUAUAAGAUAGCGGUUUAGGAAUCAAGGCUGGCCACAGCCUUCCUAACAAGCAGGUUGUCUGCCUAUAUUCUAUAUCUUAACUGGCAGAAGGUUUGGAAUCAAGCUGAUGGUCAAGAAAAAUCAAAACCCCAGCCUGAGAUUGGGAAACAGGUGGUGGUUCAGGUUUUGACAAAAUUGUUCACACUCUGCAGCCUGUUCUGUAAAAAUCUCCUCUCCUUUUCCGUCGCUUAAUAGCUGUGGCCAGCCUUCAGCUCUGCUCUUGAGUAGAGAUGACUGAUUGGGGUCCAAAGCCAAAUAGUUUGAGCUGCUGACAAGCCCCCUUCUUGCAGCCUGAGUCUCACAGGCGCCCGGGAUCCCUGUGCGGCCGUGUUCCCACGGUUAAGCCGUCAGGAUUUCAGGGAUUGGGCAGAAAGGAUUGGGUGCACAUCCUGGAGCGCGCAGUGGUAUUUAUAGCUUCGCAUUGUGCUCCUGCUCCGUUUCUGCCUACACAAGAUAUCCAAGCUUCCUUUCCGAAAUCUGCCGUGGACUGAAAGUGCUGCUGGCUGGGAAACCUUAGGAAGUAAGGACCUGUUUUCCUUUAAUGAAGUGUGUCUAUUUUGCUAGAAAAUUACUUCUUGGACAAUAAGAACAAUCAUUGAUCUCUUAAUCCUGACUCUUAACAGUGUCCAAAGACUUGGUCAGCCUGUUUCUUGGUCCCUCAGUGCUUUAAAAUUUCAACAGCAAUGCGUUUUAUACGCUGAAUGUGCCUGUUGAGUUGGUGGCCCAUUCUCCCGUAAGGAGAAGCCUGCUCUAGUGUAAGAGGUAGCUUCUCAGAUCAUAACCUGAGUCAGUGCAGUUUUCCUUCAAGAAACCGCUUUAGAGUAAAAUUUCCAGGUUUUAUUUUCCCUGGACACGUCCAGCCAGCUCGGGCAGCACUCAGUCUCAUCAGAAGUCCACUCGUGACCGUCAGGGCGACGUUUCCGCUCCUGCGUUAUGAUCUCAUCAGAAUGUCUGCUCUCUGGUUCCACACCCUGGCGCCCCCCCAACCCCUGCCCCCACCUAUCGAUUCCCCACAGGCUCGGGCUGGGCCGCGAGCUUUGGUGCAUUGCAGCGUUUUCUCCCAGCAGCUCUGGGAAGGAUGUGUUUUCUGAGCUGAGGAGAAUUUCUUCAAGAAAGUCCGUCCUAAUACCGUAGAUUAUUGCUUUGGGCCAUGUGUAAUGUUCUUGCCCUGCACUAGAAUGUAUGUCUUGUGUUAGUACCUAAGCGCCUGCCACCAGGAGCUGGUCCUUCCAGACCAGGGAAGAGUGUGAGACGCCUAUCUUAACUGCCAGUGGCGUUCUGGCCGUCUCCCCCGUCCUGAAGCACUCUCUUUGAGGAAGGCCCUUAGAACGCUGGACAGUCUGACGAGGUUGUUGGCGCUCCUCCAUCCCCUAGGGAGAACGGCAGAACCGUUCAUGCUCUAUGCUGCCAGCUGCUGAGUUUCAGAGGCAGCAGACCCCAGCCCACUCCUCCACCUUUUCCACACUCCACACCUUGUCCCUUUGCUUUGCUCUGACCCACCCCAGGCCUUUUAACAGAUUUGGAAUUGGCUGAGUCCAGGAUGCCCGUGCUGUUUUUCCCUGUAGGAUUCAGUAAAUUCAUGGCUUCCCCACUAAAGACGUUAGACUUUGACUUGAUCUCUCUUGGUUGAUCAAAAAGGUGUUUGUCUGGAAUAUACAUGUUCUAAAAGAUGUGCUCUUUAUUCCAGUUUUCUCUAGGGUGUUUUUGGCAUGAAGUCCUUAAAAGAGAUCCACCUGAGUUGAGGCUAAUACUUGUCACCACCUGGAAUGUAGUUAUUGAUCAGCAAGUUGAACACUCCACAUUCCCCAGGGGCCACUUUAGUAGCCUGGUGAUGCAUCUGUGCCCUUUCUGCAUGGUUUACGCUUGAAAAAUAGAGACUGUUUCUCUCUGGUUCCCUGUUAGGGCGUGGGACAUGCGUAUCCUCUGAGAUGCUGUGUGAGGAAAGCACACUGAGGGAGAGCACGGAGGGGCCAGGGCAAGGAUUUGGUUGUGUUGCCCCAGGGAGCUGCAGGAUUUCUGGUGGCAGGAAGUCUGCAGGCAGGCCACCCGGGAAGGAGGAGUCGUGGGUAAAGUCAGUGCAGGUCAAAGGGAGACAGGAAAGCGAACUCACUCGCAGUGAGCUCAUUUUGAGGCGAGCUUCGGGUUUUUAUGGUGGGCGGUUACAGGGGCUCCAGAGGGGCAACCGUCUUAGCAUUUCAGAUACUUAGUACAAAAGGAUCCAAAGAUCUUGUCCACACAGUGCGUUUCUUGACAUCUGAAGCAGCUUUUGCAGAUCAUAAAUUGGAUUCACUAGUCCUAUGACCUCAGAAGUCGGACACAUCUAAACCAGAAAUAAGUUUCGUUUGGGGGAGAAAAUGUCUGUAAAUAUCACUUGCUUUCCAGGUUAUAUUGGGAUGCAGAAGGAGCUUUCAGUAUUUUUUUUAACACUAAUGAUCAUAGAAGAGUAUUUAUGUAAACCUCUAGCGGGCGGGGUUCUGAUCAGGGUGAUGUAUGGGAUGGAUUCUCUUGCUGUGAUGCAAACAUGUAAAAUAAAGAUUCUGUGACAGAA